UAAUUAACAGACGCCCGGCCGCCCCUCUCCCUCCUCCGAGUCUCUCGCGCACGCAUCCCGCCACCACCGCUCCCCGCCAUGGCCGACGCCGACGACCGCGUCGCGGCCAGCAACUUCGUCGUUGGCUCAAACUACCAGAUACUCGAUGUGAUCGGCGAAGGUGCAUACGGCAUCGUCUGCUCGGCCCUCCACGUCCCGUCCCAGCGCAAGGUCGCCAUAAAGCGCAUAACGCCCUUUGAUCACUCCAUGUUCUGCCUCCGCACCCUCCGCGAGAUCAAGCUCCUCCGCCACUUCCAUCACGAGAACAUCAUCUCCAUACUGGAUAUCCUCCGCCCGCCCAGUCUCGAGGAGUUCAAAGAAGUGUACCUCGUGCAGGAGCUCAUGGAGACAGAUCUCCAUCGUGUCAUCCGCACCCAAGAACUCAGCGACGAUCACUGCCAAUACUUCAUUUACCAGACGCUUCGAGCGCUGAAGGCGUUGCACUCGGCCGAUGUGCUCCACCGAGAUCUCAAACCAUCCAACCUGCUGCUGAACGCCAAUUGCGACCUGAAGCUUUGUGACUUUGGCCUUGCCCGUUCCGCGCGCCCACCGCCAAAUUUCGCAAACGACAGCAGCACAUUCAUGACGGAGUACGUCGCGACACGAUGGUACCGUGCACCAGAGGUGAUGCUCACCUUCAAGGAAUAUACACGAGCCAUCGACAUCUGGAGCGUCGGCUGUGUCCUCGCGGAAAUGCUGAGCGGAAAGCCUCUUUUCCCUGGCAGAGAUUACCAUCAUCAACUUUCUAUUAUACUUGACGUGCUCGGCACGCCCUCGCUCGACGAUUUCUAUGCCAUCACCUCUCCGCGUUCAAGAGAGUAUAUCCGUGCGCUACCCUUCAGGAAGAAGAAGCCCUUCAGCGUGCUAUUCCCGAACGCGAAUCCAUUGGCACUGGAUCUCAUGGACAAAUGCCUUACAUUCAGUCCAAAACGCCGGAUUGAGGUGGACGAGGCGUUGAAACAUCCAUAUUUGGAGGCCUACCACGACGCGCAAGAUGAGCCGACGGCAGAGCCACUUGACCCAUCGUUCUUCGACUUCGACUAUGGAGAAGCCCUCGGCAAGGAGGAGCUGAAAGUUCUUAUCUACGAAGAGGUUACGCGGCCACGACCGCCGCGGUAGCCAAAUGUUGCUUGAGCUUAAGUGUCAGUGUAAGAUGUGCUUGGAGACGCGGAUACCCCUGCAGCAGGCCGAAAAGUAGCACGGCCGUUAAUGUGUACAUGUAUGUAUGACGGCGCA